UCUUCUAACUUCAAGCAUUCAAGUCCGUCUCCUCUCUGGUAAAAUUCUCUCUCCUACCUGCGUCAAUUUUUUCGAUAUUUUACUGCUACUACUGAUUUCGACUUUUAAUGGCGGCUUUCUAUUCCUCAAUUUUCCCUCCAUUUUCAAAACCCUUAAAAUAAUCAAAACUUUUGCAUUUCUCCUUCCUCCUGUUUAGACAUUUCCCGCUCAAAUUUCACUCCAAAACCCACUUUCGCUCUCUAAAUUUCAUUCUUCCCUCCUCUUUUUUCAUCUAGAUUUUCAAAACCCUAGUUUGUUUUUAUCACUUUUGGAUCUCUGGGUAGGGAGGAAGAAACCCAGGAAACCAAAACCCAAACCCAAAUCCUAGAUUAUUCUCAAUUCGAGGAAAUUUCGCUUAAGGAAGAAACCCCAAUUUCGGAAACUAUGGAAGUCGAGAUCCAACCUUCGUAUAUUCUUCCCUCUCAUCAGAAUCUUGGUGGGUUUUCUAGCACUGAAUGCCUUCAAUGUAAUGAAAGUCUCCCAAAAGAUGAAACCCCAAUUAUGGAAACCAUGGAAAUCGAAAACCCUAUUUCGGAUUCACCUAAAUCUGAUCAAAUCCCAAUCGAGUCUUCGAAAAUCCAAGAAGAACCUCCCACUCCCAAAGGAGAUGAUGGCCAGUGUCGCAAAACCCUAGCGGAGCUUACUCUAGGUGGUGAGAAAUCGAAAGAUGCUGAGUUCGUCCAAACCCUAGAUGUUAAAGAAGGGGGUAAGAAAUCGGAAGAAGCCAAAAUCGACGAAACCCUAGAUAUGUUUGAUAUUAAAGAAGGGGUUAAUGGUAUGGAAGAUACCGAGUUCACCAACAUCUUGGUUGAUUCAGAAGAUGCCAGCCUACUUGAUAAUAUUGACAACAUUGUAGAUUUUGAGGAUGAUGAUGAAGGUGGAAGUUCACCAAAUAAGGCGAUGUCAGGAUUCGGUGCAUUUCGUGGCCCCUAUGGUCCAUAUCAUCAGUGGGGUGAAUUCGACUUGCCGAAUCGGUGUAUGUGCGGUAACUGUUCCGAGUGCGACGAGGAUAGAGAAGAGAUAAAUCGGAGAAAUCGUGCAAUGAGAGGACCAUACAGAAAUGGCUGUUAUUCUGAUCCGAUGCGCAGAGAUUAUCAUCACAAUAGGCGGUGUAGGAGGAAAAAUCAUGCGUUUAGAAGCAAUCAUCACAAUGUAAGGGAAAGAGAAGGUGAAAUGUACGGAAUUCACCCUUAUUUUCUGUAUCCUGAACCAGAACCAUGUACUGUGGGGGCUGGUCUAAGAAACCUUGGGAAUACAUGUUUUCUGAAUUCAAUUAUACAGUGCUUCACUCACACUGUACCUCUUGUUCAAGGGCUUCUAUCACUCAAACACGAGGCAUCAAGUCAUGGUGCUGGUGAAUUCUGUGUGCUAUGUGCUGUGCGUGAACAGAUUGAGCACUCACUUGGGUAUUCAGGGAAGGUGGUAUCACCGUCCAAUCUGGUGGAUAACAUGAGCCAAAUUUCCUCUAUUUUUCAGAGACACCAACAAGAAGAUGCCCAUGAAUUUUUACAGUGUUUAUUGGAUAAGCUUGACAGUAAUUGGUCAAAGUACGAGGCAAAUGCUAAUGAUUCAUCAUCUCUUGAUGAUACGUUGGUGAGGCAGAUUUUUGGUGGCCGUCUUGUAAGCCAGGUUCGCUGCUGCAAUUGUGGCCAUAAUUCUGAUACUUACGAACCCCUAAUUGAUCUGAGUUUGGAGAUUGAGGAUGUGGAUAGUCUGGAAAGUGCUUUGAAUUCCUUUACAAAGGUAGAAAGUAUUGAAGAUACAGAAAAGUUUACAUGUGAAAGUUGCAAGGAACAGGUAAAAGUAGAGAAGCAGCUAAUGCUGGAACAGGCUCCUUCUGUUGCUACCCUCCAUUUGAAGAGAUUUAAGAGUGAUGGUAUCUUUGUUGAGAAAGUUGACAAGAAGGUUGAGUUUCCAUUGGAGCUAAACUUGGCCCCCUACACCAAAGGGUCUAAUAAUGAGAGUGGAGAUUUGAAGUAUGAACUAUUUGCAGUUGUUGUGCAUGUUGGUGUUUCAUCCACUUCAGGGCACUACUUCUGCUACAUCCGUACUGAUCCAGAUAAAUGGUAUCGGUUUGAUGACUCACAGGUCACUAUGGUUUCUGAAGAACAUGUGCUUUGUCAAGAUGCAUACAUCCUCUUUUAUGCAAGAAAAGGCACACCAUGGUUUGGUAGCUUGAUUGAGAACUGGAAAGAAGAGUGUCAACAGAAGAUCUCUAGCAAUUCUCCAAAGUCUGUUUUGGAUGACAUGGACCUCCCAUCUACUUCAUAUUCCACUGGAAAGAGGGAUGAAAUUGGUGACACUUCUACAGUGCCUGGAAUUGAGAUAAUAAGACAACAAGAUGAGGUUGAUACCAAAGCUGGUGUUGAAACAGGUCUUCAUUAUUGUGCAGUGCCUGCAACUGAGCUGAUGCAAGAUGAUGCCCAGAAUUCUGCAGUACCAAAUCAAACCUCUGCUUCCUCUUCAUGUGUUCCUAUAAAUGUGGGGUUUGUUGAGGUUAAGGAAGAUAAAUUUGAACUUGAUGUUCUGUCCUUGAUGGAAGAAAAUGAAGCCAUUGAAGAAGACAAGACAUGCUCAAAGAAUGUUGGUGACCUCGAAAAUGAUGUAGGCAUCAAACCUUCAACUCCCAUCAGAGAACUAAGUCCAAAUAUAUACUCUGAUGAGGAGCCUGCAGAGGCAUUUCGUAUCUCACUCGACCAUCUCAAAAUAAAAGACAAGUCACCAUCAUCAGCAUCACCUAAGAACUCUAUCAUCAACCCAGAGAAGCAGGAAAUGAAAAGGAAGGAGGCGGUUAAAUGUUGCAAGUCAAUGCCCAUUGGUAGGCGACAGAUGUUAAUGGCUGCUAUACAUGGUUCACGCAGUAAUGAUUCGUCCACCAAGAAAAGAAAAAGACCAGUUCCAAUUUUCCAUGGUAAACACUCUCCCAGAAAAGGUGUCAAAAUCAGUUCAAAACGUGUGUUGCGACCAGUAACUGUUUAGAACAAUCUUGAGGUUCUGAAAGUGUAGGUAAUGAUGCAUUUAGUUGUCUUGAUUAACUUGCUAAAUGCCUCCUCUCGUAGGUUAAUCUGUCUAUUAAUCAUUUUGCUUAACGGUAGAUUGUGUAUACUCUGUUCAAGAUCUGGGUUUUUAGCUAAACCUAGGUUUCUGAAAGUUAUAUUCUGAGUUCUGUAUAUGAUGGAUCUCAUUUUACUCAGUUUGUAACUAGAGAGAGCUUUCUCUAUGGGAAGCAGAUUGUGAAUUUGUGACAUAUGACCAUCGUUAUGGUUUCAGUUUCA